AUGACAAGUCAAAACGCAAACAAUUUAGAAAAGGCUGAUAAAUUAUUGUCAUAUUUGGCAAAGAAAGUAGAGGAGAAUAAGCCAGCUAACGUCGUUCACUUCAUUGUUGACGUUCUCUGCACAUAUUAUCCUACACAUUCUCCCUAUUUUGCGAAAGUAUGGCACUAUGAUAAGGAGCUGGAAGUUGAAAAACAGCAUGUGCGCGAGUUCUUCAAGCAUAAUAACUCAACUUCUACCAUAGCUCAGCAUUUCAUCAACGCCGGUUUUGAUUGCCUCGAUUCUUUAACUUUUUUAACCACUGACAUUUUGGAAGAGAUUCAAGGAUACAAUAACGUUCAGUGGCUUCCUGGGCACAAGGUCAGAGUCAAUCAAAUAUUUCAAAAUAUAAACAAGCUGGUGAAGGAAUUCAAGGACCUUAUGAAGACCCAGAAGAGAACAAAACUCCACUUUAUAGCAGGAAUGGGCCAGGAAAAAACAACUACCCACUACGACUACACAGGACCAGUCAGGGGUGGAAAUGCUACUGUAGGAUUCUAUCAACACAAAUGUGUUGUUAAUUUUUAUAAAUUUUUUCAGCCGAACCUUAACCAACUGUUACCCGGCGAUGACACAAUGUACAAAACUCAGACAAAGUUAAGGAAUUUGUAUAACUUGGACCACAUUGCAAGCCUGUCAGCGGAAGCCGCAACAACGAAAGCAGUAGAUGCCCUGAACAACGAAAUUUACGGAGAAGCAUGUAAAAACUCACACUACACAGUAAAGAAUAGAGAUGAUUGA